AGAAGUAGAAGGGAUGUCGAUCGCAACACCGUUGGUUUCACCGAAAGGGAAAAGGUUGCCAUAAGGGACGCUCACAACGCUGAGAGGCGCCAGUCGGGCGCCAGCGACAUGAUGAAAAUGAGGUGGGACGACACGCUGGAACGCUUCGCCCAGGAUUGGGCCUCUGGGUGUAGACACGGGGUCCGCAGCGAGAGCCAAAGGUCAGGCGUUGGAGAAUACGUGGUUGUCGGUGAGAACAUUUACGUCACCACAGAGGAGGACGAGCUUCCGGUCGCUGCCGUGAGCUCGUGGAUCGCCGAGAAGGACAACUACGACUACGAGGGCAACGAGUGCCGUGGCGCGUGCGGCUUUUACCAGGCGGUCGUCUGGGCCGAGACCAGGUUCCUGGGCUGCGGACUCAAGUACUGCCCCAACCUGCAAGGAAGCCCGUCCCCGGGCUACUACGUCGUCUGCGAUUACGGCCCAGCCGCCGACCCGGGGGACAGGAGGCCAUUCAAGAAGGGCGACCCUUGUUUGGAUUGCCCCGAAGACGCUCGAGACUGUGUCCAUGAACUGUGCUACGACCAGAGCACCUGGUCUCCGGGUGAAAACCUGGCCACCAGGCUGACGGUGAAUUGUAUCACGGUGGCGGUGUCCUUUCUCAUCAAAGUACAAAUCACAUUCGUUUGAAACUGGUGCCUCAUGGUUGGAGCUGUGACGAUAAACUGGGGACAUCGGAGACGUUGAGUUUGAUUUAGGUUUGUCGACAUGUGUUUAAAGACAUUGACCUGGGGAUUUAAUGUUGAAAAUCUGUAUUCGAAUACACGUUAAUCUAUAUUGCAUCUUAUUCGCAAUUUUUAUAUAGAACGGUAGAUGGUCAAAUCAAUUUACAAGAAAUAAAGUAUUUUACGUCACGAGAUUCUAACCUAAAUGAUGAGUAGAGAAUGACGACUUCCCGUCUUGGCGCUCCUGUGGUGGGG